GCAAAGCUGCAAAGAGAAGAAAUCAGUCCCUUACAGUCUCAAAUGCAUUACAUGAGCUUCUUCAUAAAGGCACUCAGCAGCCUCAGCAACAAAAAUAUACCAGCAAGGAUUUCUGCGACUGGUAUGUAAGAUAAGGUCCAGUUGUGAUAGGACAGCAUGGAGUUCAAAAGAGGAAAAACCUUCAUAAAAUCUAGCAUGCAGCUGACCCAUGAGAAAUUACCUUUAGUGAGUUUGAAUCCUAGAGAAAAGGUCAAUGUAGGAACAGACAUAAAAGAAAAGAGCCAUCCUGCAGUUGAAAACCAAAAAGCAUUUUUUUCUGAAGAUAAGAAUGACAGCAUUUCUAACAGGUCAACAAAGACAGGGUCUAGUGAGAGCAUCCUGUUGCUCCCAGAGACAUUCUACAAACCAGUACGGAAAAGUAAAACUCAUGAUUGUGUUCUAGGCAGUGUAGACAAAACUGAACAAAGCAGCUACAGUAGCAAAAUCUCUGAGGAGGGCAUCAUAGCUCCUGGAAGAGGUAAAGGGCGACUCAUCAACAGUGCUAGUUUUUCUGGACUUGGGAAUACCCAGAAUUCUUGUGGUAAGAAAGAACCUGCCAUCAACUCAAGCCAUUUCUUGAACAGCCCACAACAGAUGAUUGAUUACCGGAACUUUGUACCACAGAUGCCCUUUGUACCAGCUGUUGCCAAAAGUAUCCCCAGGAAAAGGAUUUCCCUGAAGCGAUCUAAAAAAGGUCUCCGGGACAUAUUUCACAUUAAAAAAAACAAGCCAGAGAGUCUUUCCUUGUUGUCAGAGAAGCAAAAAAGGCUGCCUUUUCCAGGUUGCAAGUCAGAUUUGGCAGGCCGGUUUGGUAAAUAUUUCUUCAAAGCUGGAGAAACCUUUUCUGCUGACUGUUUGGCACAAGACUUUUCUGAUGGUGAGCUCCUGUCAGAGUCCUCCUAUGAGUGCUCCAGUGUUCUGUGUGAAGAUGUUGCUUCCUUGAAGAGCUUUGAUUCUCUUACUGGAUGUGGUGAGAUCUUUGCAGAUGAGAGCUCUGCUCAUAUGGAACUGGAGGUCAAUAAAGAAAUCUUGAUGAGGCAAUCUCAACAGAAGGAGAACCCUGCCAUGGGAUCCUUUCAAGGUGGUGUGGAACAGCUUGCAUCCCCAGCUCAAAAUGAAGCAGCUGACUUUGCCAAACUUUGGGACAAUAUUAAUAAAUCAGUGCAACUGCAUCAGAAGACAUUGUUUGAUAGGAGGUUACUGAAAAUACCUAGCAGUGAGCUGGAGAAGGCGAGAAAUGAGACUAGUCCCUCAGUGACUGACCUGCUUUCUUCCCCUGACUCUUCCAAGGAGAGUUCCAUAGAUACAGGGACCCCAAAGAGUGACAACCAGGAAUCUAUGUCCACCAGUGAUGAGGGAUACUAUGAUUCUUUUUCUCCUGGGCAAGAUGAUGAAAUAAGGGAGGAUCAUUCUCCUGGAGUACUAGGUAGGUUCCCAAGAGACAGUUAUAGUGGGGAUGCCCUUUAUGAGCUGUUCUAUGAUCCCAAUGAAGCUCAGAUCAGCCCAGUUCUAGAUGAUGACAUAUGCAUGUCAGAAAGCAUUUCAGAAAAGGCAAUUGAAAUACCUUUGUCAAUUUACAGCUUUCAUGUAGGGUCAGAAGAAAAUAUGGCUUCCCAACCAGCUGUUGACAUAAUCAGCCAAGGAUUCCUUCACAGCACAUGGAAAGGCAAAGAGUGCUUGCUUAAACUCUGUGACACAGAGCUCUCCCUGACCAUGGGGAUUAUCAACUGGCUGCGGAAAAACCCAGGACUGAUUUCCCCUCAAGAUUUUCCCAAGAAUCCCCAAUCACAAAUGAAGAAAGAUGCUGAGUCAAUGCCCUUUAAUCCCAGCACACACCAGGACAUGUACAAAGCAGCUCUCGGAAAAAAGAAAAACAAUUCAGAGGCGUCUUCAGCUGGCAGCCAAAAUUCAAUCCAGACACAUUCAGUAGACAGAACUGAAGCAAGCCAAAGUGAUGCUCUUUCUUUCAGUCCACUUCCAGAAAGUUCUCAAGAAAGGGAAGGACAUUUGAGUUUGAUGUCUGAGCUCAUAACUGAGAAUAGCAUAUCAUUUGACAUGCAAAGAUCAGAGGAGAGUUGGGAUGAUCUACUGAUGAGUUCAUCUGAAAUGGAGAAAAUAUCUCUCUUAGAAGAAUGUACAGAUCCCAGCACUGAAACGUUAUCCUUUGAAGUCCUAAAUCUGGAGAAAAUUUGCCAAGCUGAUGAGAACCCUUUGGUAAUGGAUAACCACGAUGCGGAAUCAUGUUCUUCUUACAUGACUGCUGCAACCUCCCCAGAUUCUCUAGAGACUGGAGAUGAAAGUGAGACAAAGGAUCAACCCUGGCCUGUUGAAUGUGAUGAGCCAAUAGAGCCCCUGAACCUCAGUCACCCCCAAAGCCACAUCAGUCAGACACCAAAAGAAAGUGACACUGACAUAAUUCAGCUUUUGGAACAUUGUGUCACUCAGGUUGCUUCCCUAAAGAUCAGUUAUGAUUCUGAAAAUAAGCACUUGGAAGAUACACGCAUUGAAAAUGAAGUCAGUGAUAACACUGAUACAAUGGCUCCAUUAAAAAUCCAACUACCAUUGCAGAAUGAAUGUAGCAAUAUAGCUCCAAGCUCCAAAUAUCCUCUUGUCCAUCAUUCAAACCCAUGUAAUGUCAAGACAAACAUUGGUGGCAGUGCUCCAUAUCUCACAAAUCAAAAGGAUGGCUUCAUUUGUUUGGAAGAUCAGAAAAAUGCAAGUAUCCUAGACUGUAUAGGCCCAGUUGCAAAAAAUAAGCUAACCUUUGAAUAUGCCCAGUUGAAUAAUCAAGCCCUAUCUUAUAUCAAAGAUUUUAGAUUUGAACUCAGUACUCAAAACUCUACUGCCAUGGCAAACAUUUGCAGACCCACCUUUUUACCACUCUUUGGUUCCAUUUGUUCAGACGCCACCAGUGGCUUUUCACAGUCUUUGUGUAAAAGGAGCAGUUCACUGGAGAAGCAAUCACAAGACCAAGAGAUUACAUCAAGCAGCACACCUUUAUGUGCUUAUUCAAAGUUCCAGUGUAAAGUACUGCCACAGGUGUCCACUCUUCCACUUCCAGAAGAUGCUACUAAAGAGAGAGCAGUGAUGGAGAAGAACCAUGAAUAAGUUGCUGUAGUAAGGUGCAACUCUAAAGAACCUCGUUCCCCCACCCCCAAGCAUGUCAAUUUGUCGUCUGUAUCACAUGAGGUAAGAGACUGGUGCCAUCAGUGACAGAGACUCCCAUGAAGAACAUUAUGGAUGAUCAUGUUCCUCCUAACCUUUUACCAGAAGAAUGUGAAUUUUAAUGAAAAUAUUGUUAACUCUUGGCACUUUGUAGCCCAGCCCCCUGAGUGCAUAUGUGCAAUGUAUAAAGAGAUUUGGUCAUGUUGAGUCAAAUGAAAGAAUUAGUUUAA